UGAUCCUCUUCAUCAACCUCAACAUCAUGCCUUUUCUUCCGGUGAAGAGACAGAAGAUUGUGCUGGCCUGUCUGGCCUGCCUCUCUCUUUAUUUUCUCUACCACCCUCAUUUUCUCCCUUUUCCCUCUCUCUCUUCCCCAACGUCUUCAACGUCUUCAACGUCUUCCACAUCUUCCACAUCUUCAACGUCUUCCCUUAUUGAUCAAGACUAUUUCUGGCUCAAUGUCCCCCUCCGACACCCUGUUCAAUCCUUCCUCCCCCUGCCCAUCUCCCCGCCCCCCCCCAAGGCCACGAUCCAGCACAGAUUCCCACGCGAGACCGCCGAGGAAAAGGCCGUCCGCCUGCAGCGCCUGGACGCCGUCAAAGCCAACUUCACGCACGCCUGGCAGGGGUAUAGGGAGCAUGCCUGGUUGAGCGACGAGGUGCGGCCCUUGUCGGGGGGGAAGCUGGAUCCGUUUGGGGGGUGGGCAGCCACUCUGGUCGACACGUUAGACACCCUCUAUAUCAUGGGCAUGCACGAGGAGUUCGAAGAAGCCGUGCAGGCAGUGCAGACGAUCGACUUCUCCCACUGCGCCCUGGCGACCAUCAACGUCUUCGAGACCACCAUCCGCUACCUGGGCGGACUGCUGGGCGCAUACGACCUGAGCAAGGGGAAACACCCCUCGCUGCUCUCCAAGGCUGCCGAACUGGCCGAGAUGCUGUACCGCGCCUUCGACACCCCGAACCGCAUGCCCAUCACGCGCUGGGACUUGCACGCCGCCGCCCAGGGAGACGCCCAGGAGGCCGGCGAAUCCGUGCUCGUCGCCGAGAUCGGCUCGCUCACCCUCGAGUUCACCCGGCUGAGCCAGAUCACAGGCGAUCCGCGCUGGUUCGACGCCGUGCAGCGCAUCACCGACCGGCUCGAGGCCGACCAGGCGCAGACAAAUGUGCCGGGGCUGUGGCCGAUUGUCGUCAACGCGCGCACGCUGGACUUUCACAGCUUUCCCAUGUUUACCUUGGGGGGGAUGGCGGAUUCAUUAUACGAAUAUUUGCCCAAGCAACACCUCCUUUUGAACGGCCGCACACCCCAGUAUCAAAAACUAUACACCACCGCCCUCCCCAUGCUGGACGCCCAUCUGUUCUUCCGCCCCAUGACGCCCGACAACCGCGACAUCCUGCUCUCCGGCGACGUCUACGUCGGUGAGGCAUCGGCGAUCCCCCCGCCAGAACCCAAGGCGCAGCAUCUCACCUGUUUCGCGGGCGGGAUGGUUGCUCUCGGCUCGCGCGUGUUCGAUCGCCCUCAGGACCUGGCCGUUGCCCGGCGGCUCGUGGACGGCUGUCUGUGGGCAUACGAGCAAGCCCCGCUAGGCAUGAUGCCCGAGAUCAUGCACACGGUGCGCUGUGCUGAACGCGAGCACUGUCUCUGGGACGAAGCGGCGUGGCAUGCUGCGAUCCGCGAGGCGUUUGCCCAAGACGAGACCUAUGCCAACCUCCCUGUCGAGCAGAUCAUUCGUGACAAACACCUCGCGCGGGGGGUUUCCAAGAUCGACGAUCGCCGAUAUAUCUUGAGACCCGAAGCUGUCGAGUCCGUGUUCUUCAUGUACCGCAUCACCGGCGAACAGAAAUACAUGGAGGCCGCGUGGCGGAUGUUCACGACGAUCGUGGCCAGCACGACGACGGAGAUCGCCCAUGCCGCGCUGAGCGACUGUACGGGCAGCACGCCUGUCCAGGAAGACCGGAUGGAGUCCUUCUGGAUGGCGGAGACGCUGAAAUACUUCUAUCUGAUCUUUGCCGAGCCGGAGCUGGUGUCUUUGGACGAGUAUGUGUUUAAUACCGAGGCGCAUCCAUUUUUACUCUUGCCGUAAGCACAAUAUAGUGACUAUACUCAUCUAUUGACUACUUUAUAUAUAACUAUGUCUAUCCUAAAGUAAGAGUAUAGGUGGCGUCGGAGGAGCAGGAAUAGGUAUCGACAUCAUCGGACUGCUGGUACGCGUCUGCACAGUCGGCAUCGCCCGCGGCGCAGGAAGCCGUCGAGCAGGAGGAGUCGGAGAUGCUGACGCUGAAGCCGGAGGCGAUGAACGCCGAGUCGGCGUCGAGGUUGAUGCACGACAAGUCCCAGUACAGCGUGGACCCUUCCUCGGUGUAUUCGAACUGCAGCACGCUCUCCUCGCUGCUCGAGGUCGCCAUCUUGAUCGAGAUGCCGCCGCCG